AUGGCAUCUUUGUGUGGCUGUUGUUGGGGGCUUCAGAGUAUUCUGGUCCUCUUCUUUGCUGUGACUUCUGCCCAGAAGACCCCCUUUUCUUUGCAGCAACCUUCUAUGGUGAUAUCUGACAAGUGUAAUGUCAUUGAGAAGAUUCCCUGUGGGAUUCCAGCAAUUACUCAAGAUGUUUGUGAAGCAAUUGGGUGCUGUUCUGAUGGUCUUCAGUGUUAUUAUGGUAAUGCUGUGACUGUACAAUGUACAAAGGAUGGUCAGUUUGUGGUCGUGGUGUCCAAGGAUUCUACUGUACCCCAGCUGGACCUGACUUCUCUUUCCUUGCUGGGAGGAAAGGAGGCACCUUGCAGCCCUGUGGCAACCACUGAUUCAUUUGCGAUCUAUAACUUCCCAGUGACUGCAUGUGGCACAACAAUGACUGUGGCUGGAGACCAUGUGGUGUAUGAGAACUUGCUGCUUUCUUCCUAUGAAGUUGGCAUUGGUCCCCUAGGCUCCAUCACAAGGGACAGUACUUAUGAGCUGCUGUUCCAGUGCCAGUAUUUUGGCUCCGAAGUUGCUUCCCUGCUGGUUAAUGUUGAAGGGUCUGCCCUUGUUGGUUCAGUUGAUGCUCCAGGACCAUUAAGGGUAGAGCUCAGGCUAGCAAAUGGCCAGUGCCUUACAAAAGGAUGCAAUGAAGAGGUCUCUGCCUAUACCUCCUACUAUCAGGAUAGUGACUAUCCAGUUACCAAGGUACUGCGGCAGCCUGUGUAUGUUGAGGUGUGCAUCUUGGGAAGGACAGACCCCAACAUAGUCCUGCUUCUGGAGAACUGCUGGGCAACACCAACCCCUGACCCUCAGAGCCUACCUCAGUGGAGCCUCAUUGUUGCUGGGUGCCCUUACCAGGGUGACAAAUACCUAACUACUUUGGUUCCAGUGGAUAGCUCUUCUGGGCUUCCCUUCCCAACCCAUUAUAAGAGGUUUAUCUUCAAGAUGUUCACAUUUGUGAAUCCUACCUCCUUGCGACACCUAGAAGAGAAGAUCUUCAUCCACUGCAGUACAGCUGUAUGCCACCCUUCUGUCACAGACAGUUGCCAGCAGAGAUGCUCCAGAAAGGGUAGGGAUGUGUCAAUUGCACAGAACAACUCUAUUGAGACUGUGGUUUCCAGUCGGGAAGUGGUGUUUGUUGCGCCCACAACUCCUAGCUUCCGCUAUGCAGCCCUUCAUCUGUAAGGCAGAAGUUAAUUGGACAAACCUAUCUGCAUGGAUAUCUAUAUCCCUCUCCAUGGUUGGGUUAAGGAACUGUAACCCAAUGGCAAGUUGUGUGGUGCUUGGCCUUUCCAAUAAAGGUGAUCAACA